GUUUGGAAAAUGUGGUUACCGAUCCUGAUGAUAUGGAGAUCGCAGACAACAUGAGUGAUUCAUCGGAUGAGGAGCCUCUUGCCCACUACCUACCAGGUUACCAGAAAAAAUGGUCACGUACUCGUCAAUUUGAACCAAGUGUUGAUUUACUAGACAGGGUGAUUGGAAAAUAUGCAAUGCGUGGGCGUACCAAAAAAUGGACAAUACGUGCAAUCUACCACUUCUUCGAUUUCGCGGUAGCUGCAUCUUGGCUCGAAUAUCGUCAAAAUACCAGUACAGAAGGCUUGAGGAGAAAAGACACUUUGGACUAUCUGGAUUUCAAAUUAUCCGUUGCUCAAUAUUUGAUUUUAACUAAAAAACCUUCUGAACAAUGUGAAGGAAAUUCGGAACAAAGUGAAUGUGAUGAAGAAGAGACACCGCCUCUGAAACAAAGGAAGGUACAACCUGUUCCGGAUAGAAGAGUCAGGACCGUUGGUAACAUCCACCUACCAGUAUUUACGAAGCAAGAACAAAAAACAAGAUCAAAAUGUAGAUUUCCUAAAUGUGGCAAAUUAACGUUUGCCAAAUGUAACUCCUGCAAUAUUUAUCUGUGUUGUACCGUUGAUAGAAAUUGUUUCUCGCUUUUUCACCAGUAAAUUUUUUUUAUAGA